CAAGAGGUGUUGAGAGCUUUGGUUCAUUUGGUUGGCUUUGUAGAGGACAUUGAAGAGAGGAAGAAGAAGGAGCAUCGCCCUAGCUUCUCAGAUUCUUCUCAGGAAUCUCCAUUGAACUCAAUGUAGGUGUUUAUAUUGAGUAUUGAGUUCAUUGGGAAUCUCAGGAAUCAGGAUCUCAGGCAAGGCACUAGCCGUUCCAUAUCUGAGGUAAAAGGUAAAGCAGUGUCGGUCGAGACUGUCGAGCGCGGUUAGUACUUGGAUGGGUACGGAUAUGCCGUCCUUCGGAGGGGACGUUAAGCUGGCUGUCCCGAGGCCAUAGAUGUUGGACUCGUUGUUGUUGGACCCCUUGGUUGGACCCUACCUCUGAUUGGAAGUGUUGGAAGUUGGAACACUAGAGGAGUCGGCAAAAUUUCCGGUUGGGGGUAGUGUCCGACAAGAUAUGGUCAAAGAAUAGUCCCUCUCCUCUUUGAUAUGGUACGGACUCUAUGCCGUCCUUCAUGGUUGGUGGUAGUGUGCUCAUCGCUCAUCGGCUCAUCGGCGUCGCUGAGCUGAUUAGCCUCGGUACCAGAAAAAGGCCGACGUUAAAGAAACAACAAGAAGAAGCGAAGAAGAAGGAAUAAGAAGAAGAACCCUUUAGUGAGUCUAACCUAAUACCGAUUCUCGAAAGGGAAAAAGUUCAUUUCAUGGCUUUUCCCGCUUUUCAGAACAAAAUUGUAUUGAAUGCUGUCUCAACAUUAUCAACAGUCUGGAAAGGGUUCGCGACAAUGGCUACAAACGGGAAAAACCCUCGUAUUAUGAAGAAAAUUGGAACUCAUAAUGGCGUUUUUCAUUGUGAUGAAGCUUUGGCAUGCUUUAUGUUGAAACAACUUCCAGAAUAUGCUGAUGCAGACAUCAUAAGGACUCGAGAUCAAAAUGUUUUAGAUACAUGUGAUAUUGUAGUAGAUGUUGGAGGUAAAUAUGAUCCCAAAACACAUCACUAUGAUCAUCACCAGAGGGGGUUUGAACAUACACUUAGCAGCGUCCGUCCUGACUUGGCAAAGAACAAACUAAUUAAGUUGAGCUCAGCUGGUUUAGUAUAUGCACAUUUUGGGAUGGAAGUUAUAUCUGAAAUACUGAAUAAGCAAAGGUUGAUAGCAAAUACUGAUUGUUUAAAUUGCAUUUAUUUGUUCAUUUAUGAAGGGUUUGUUGAAGAGUUGGAUGCUAUUGAUAAUGGUGUACCAAUGUAUAGUGAAGGUAAACCAAAAUAUAGGAUAAAUACUCAUCUAGGUGCUAGAGUUCAUAGACUGAAUCCUGAAUGGAAUUCACCUAGUCAAGUAUCAACAAAUGAACUAUUUUAUAAAGCCAUGGAUUUAGUUGGAACAGAAUUCAUAGAAAAGAUUAUGGAUGCUGCUACUGUUUGGUGGCCUGCUAGAGAAAUAGUGAAAAAAUCCAUUGAAAAUAGAAAAAAAGUACAUGAGUCAGGUCAGAUAAUGCUCUUAGAGGAAAGGUGUCCAUGGAAGGAUCAUUUGUUGAGUUUGGAAAAUGAAUUGGAGAUAUCUGAUGAAAUAAAAUUCUGUAUAUUCCAUGAUGAAGGUGGUUCUUGGAGAGUACAGGGUAUUCCAGUUCAGCCAGACAGUUUCAUAUGUAGAGUAUUUUUACACAAUGACUGGAGAGGUGUGAGGGACGAUCAACUUAGCAAGAUAGCUGGCAUUGAGAAUUGCAUAUUCUGUCAUUCAACAGGUUUUAUUGGUGGGAAUAAAACUAAAGAGGGGGCUCUAGAAAUGGCUCUCAAGAGUUUGUCAGCAACACUUUCUGAUAAGGAGUGAAACUAAGUGAAAAACAAUAUAAUGCAAACAUUGUCAACAAUUAUUAUUCUAUUCAAAUUUUGAAACAAUUAUAGAUGGAUUCUGCACUUGUUUCCAUUAAAUUAUAAUGAUUCAUACCACAAUU